AGUCGUCGGAAGUCGGUUAUAAUAUUUUAUCUUGGAGUAGACUUGAAAUUUGAAUAAUAAUAAUUAUUAGAUUUUUAAAUUAUAAAUUUUGGUUUUGCUGGCUACCGCUUCGAGGUAUUUGAAGUGUGGUCUAUGAAUAUUAUAUAUUAACUCAUCAUGGAAAAUAUAGACAACGUAAUAACAAAACAGGUCGAAUAUCAAUUUAAAUCUCUUGAAGCAGAACCCCUUCAACACAUCUGGCAGAUGAAAAGACUAAAAUCGCUACAAAAUUGGACCAUGGGCAAACCUAGUGCCAAGGAUAUGGCCGAAGCAGGAUUCUACUGCCCAAAUCCGGAUAUACCUGAUACAGUAAGAUGUUUUUCGUGUUUCAUCGAAUUAGAUGGUUGGGAGUCGACCGACAAGCCUUGGGAAGAACACAAGAAACGAGCCUUGUCAUUAAACCCGCCAUGUAGAUUUAUUGAAAUAGGUAAGAAGGAAUCAGAUUUUAUAGUAGACGAUUUCUUAGAAAUCCAAAAGAGUGUGAUAUUACGCAUUUUUAAUGAAAAAUGUGAAAAACUCACAAAAACAGCACUAUCUCUUCAUAAAAAGAAAAAAUCAGCGCUUAAAAAAGACCUCCAAAAAAAGGGAAUGUCAUGAAAAUAUAUAAUAUAUUAUAUAUAUGUUUAGACAUACAAUUCAAAAUGCUUGGCACAGUUAAAUUUAUUGUAAAUUAGUUAUUAUAUAUUUUAAACAAGUUACUGACUUGUCUAAUUAUUAUAAUAUUAUAUAUGUUUUACAAUGUACACUUGUAACUUGAUUUAAAUGGAAUUUUAUUACCAAUAAUUUUUCUAAAUUAACACUUGUAAAUUAGACAUAAAACAUUUUCAUUGUGAUUUAUUUAUUAGUAAUUACCUAAAAUGAAUGAACACUUGGAGUGGACAUGUUAACGUCUUUUCUUACAAUUAUAAGUCUUGUUAAGAUUGAUUAUAUGCCUUUGUCUAUUUUAUUGUUUAUUUUAUUAGAAUUAUUUACUUUGAUUAUUGUAUAACGUAUCAAUAUCUACUUAUAAUGGGACCAUAUUUUAACAAACAAUUAAAACAUUUUAAUUAUUGAUAUCAAUAGGUAAUAAUUUAAAUGUUUUGUGUGUACUGUAUUGUUUCUAUACCAAACAAUUUAAUUUUUCUUAUAAGCUGAUUAUGUAUGAUAUUUAUUUGAAUUUAAUUGAUGUUAAAAAAGUAUUAGGUAAUGACUCCAAAUAAAAAAGUCUCUAUAAAAUGUUUCUUGAUAGGUACAAUUUAUUAAGUGCAAAAUAAAUUGUGCAAAAGUAUUCAUUUUUAUAGGUGUAUCAAGUCUUAUGUAUUCAUGACAUUACUAUCAAUUGUAUAUAUUUUGUCGCCUACCUCUUAUUCUCAAUAAAAAAAAAAGUUUAUUGUAA